UCUGUCUCUGUCCUCUGUCUCUCAGGUGAUGGACAUGGACGGGACGGGCCGCCGGGUCCUGGUGGAGGACAAGCUGCCCCACAUCUUCGGCUUCACGCUGCUGGGGGACUACAUCUACUGGACGGACUGGCAGCGCCGCAGCAUCGAACGGGUCCACAAACGCACCGCCGAGCGCCAAGUCAUCAUAGACCAGCUGCCGGACCUCAUGGGCCUCAAGGCCACGGACCUGCACCCGUCCCCCGGUACCAACCCCUGUGCAGAGAGUAAUGGCGGCUGCAGCCACCUGUGUCUCUACCGGCCGCUGGGCGUCCAGUGCGGGUGUCCAAUCGGUCUGGAGCUGAUCUCAGACCUGAGGACGUGCAUCGUCCCCGAGGCCUUCCUGCUCUUCUCCCGCCACACCGACAUCCGACGCAUCUCCCUGGAAACCAACAACAACAACGUGGCCAUCCCGCUCACCGGCGUCAAGGAGGCCUCGGCGCUCGACUUUGACAUCACCGACAACCGGAUCUACUGGACCGACAUCACCCUGAAGACCAUCAGCCGGGCCUUUAUGAACGGCAGUGCUCUGGAGCACGUGGUGGAGUUCGGCCUGGACUACCCAGAGGGCAUGGCGGUGGACUGGCUGGGGAAGAACCUGUACUGGGCCGACACCGGAACCAACCGCAUCGAGGUGGCUAAACUGGACGGGCAGCACCGGCAGGUCCUGGUCUGGAAGGAUCUGGACAGUCCGCGUGCUCUGGCUCUGGAUCCCGCUGAGGGGUACAUGUACUGGACGGAGUGGGGGGGGAAGCCGAAGAUCGACCGCGCGGCGAUGGACGGGACGGGUCGGAUCACCCUGGUGGCCGACGUGGGCCGCGCCAACGGACUCACCAUCGACUACGCCGAGCGGCGCCUGUACUGGACCGACCUGGACACCACGCUCAUCGAGUCCUCCAACAUGCUGGGUCAGGACCGCGAGGUCAUAGCCGAUGACCUUCCUCACCCGUUCGGUCUGACCCAGUACCAGGACUACAUCUACUGGACGGACUGGAGCCAGCGCAGCAUCGAGCGCGCCAACAAGACCAGCGGGCAGAACCGCACCGUGAUCCAGGGACACCUGGACUACGUCAUGGACAUCCUGGUCUUCCACUCGUCCCGGCAGGGGGGCUGGAACGCCUGCGCGUCCACCAAUGGACACUGCUCGCACCUGUGUCUCGCUGUCCCCGUUAGCAGCUUCGUCUGCGGAUGUCCCGCCCACUUCUCCCUCAACUACGACAACAAGACGUGCAGCGCCCCGACGUCCUUCCUGCUGUUCAGCCAGAAGUCGGCCAUCAACCGCAUGGUGCUGGACGAGCAGCAGAGCCCGGACAUCAUCCUGCCCAUCCACAGCCUGAGGAACGUCCGGGCCCUGGACUACGACCCGCUGGACAAGCAGCUGUACUGGAUCGACUCCAAGCAGGGCGUCAUCCGCCGCGCGCAGGACGACGGGAACCAGAGCCAGACGGUGGUCUGGAGCUCCCUGGCCGGACCAGGACCGGGUCUCCAGCUCUACGACCUCAGCAUCGACAUCUACAGCCGCUUCAUCUACUGGACCAGCGAGGUCACCAACGUCAUCAACGUGACCCGCACCGACGGCAGCCGGGUCGGCGUGGUGCUGAGGGGGGAGCACGACAAGCCCCGGGCCAUCGUCGUCAACCCGGAGAGGGGGUACAUGUACUUCACCAACCUGCUGGAGCGCUCCCCGAAGAUCGAGCGCGCGGCGCUGGACGGGACGGAGCGGGAGGUUCUGUUCUUCAGCGGGCUGGGGAGGCCCGUCGCCCUCGCCGUGGACAACGGGGCCGGCAAGCUGUUCUGGGUCGACUCAGACCUGCGCCGCAUCGAGAGCAGCGACCUCUCCG